AAACACAUUGAAAUAAUUUUCCGGAGAGAAUUUUUUCCAGAAUUCAAACCCCAGAAAUCUGCUUUAGUGCAACACUUCACAUCUCCCUUGCCUUUCUUUCCCACACCGUUUUCUGGGGUGAGGAGCAGGAGGUUUGCAGAAAUCCAGUGGCGGUGUCAUGACAGACAAGUAUUUCCUUUGUCAAGACAGCCAAGUGACCUCUGCUGCAGCCUAGGACGUGGGCCAGGCUUUGAUAUAUAGAUAAGCUCUCAAAAUGUUUCCAUUGCCAAAAGAAAAACAAGCAGGCACCAGGCCUGGGAAUGGCCAGGGCUAAUUGCUGUGCUUAGGAAAGGUAAAGCCACCUCCGAUGCACCGGGAACGGUGCCGGCCGCCGCCACGGUUAUUCUUUUCACGUGUCUCAAAUCUCCCCUAAUCUUUUCCCGUUGACUGAGAAAAAUCUCUGCGGUGGCGGAUCCUGGCGCUGCGGGUGUCCGUGCUCCCGAGGCCCGGCUCAGCCCGCCGAGCCCCGUGUUCUGCUCCCAGACAGGAUCCAUCCCCAGCCCAGGAACUUGCCCGUGCGGAUCUUUUCCCAACUGGAACGAUCUACCUUGGGCAGAUUUGGUUCAAGUUUGCCCAAGACGUCAAGGCCCUUUCCUCCACCCUUCGUAUUUCUCAUCGCAGUCCCAUCUCUGUGCAACUGCCAAGUAUUUCCUUCAUUUCAAGCUUCCCAAAAAAAGAGUUUGUCUGAUUUAUUCUUUCUCACCCACUUCCCGGUGUCACGUGGGAAGCAACACCCUGCCUGGGCCUGCCUCAAGGAGUUAUUUAUGCUCACGUCUGUGCUUUAAGUACCGAGCUGCGGUGGGCAUGUAAUCUGGCUCUCCUCGGCUUUGUAGUCUCUCAGCCCAUUAGUUUCUUUCUUAUAUCCGUUUGCAAAAGACCUCUAUAAAUUCUUUAAAUGUCAAGUGGUUACGGCCUAUUCCCAGCUGGGCUGACUCAUUUGAACGUAACUGAGGUUGCGUUUCCCUUGCAGCUAUUGGCUUUUCCUCCACCCUCAGCGCUUAUUUUUUUUCUUUUUCUUUUUGGUGAGUUUUUCUCUGCCUUGCUGGACUCGGGAGCUGAGCCAGCCAGCACCGUGGGCAUGUCUUAACCCAUACACCAGUCACCUCUUCGGUCCCUCAAGUACAAGUCCAAGAGUUUUCUUUUUAAUCCAAAAGGAUUAAAGGUCUCCCGAGGCCCUGGACUCGAGGGAUGGGGUGGAGAGAUUAUCCUCAGUCUUGGCUCGCUCUGUCGCCAUCCUCUCAGCUGAGCCCAGGCAGGAGCGACUGAAUCCCACGGUGCUUUCGUGGCUGCUGGGAGGUUUGAAUCCAGCUCCUAAAACCUCCCCCUGCAGUAGGUCAUGACAAAACACCACCGCCAGGGCCGAACGGCAGUCGCUGGUCUUGUUGACACCCUCUGUGGAGGGAUGGAUGGAGUAAGGCUUGGAUUAAUACCCUGGGCUCUGGCCAAGGUCUUGCCUAAAACCAGUCCUGCUGAUGUGGUGGCCCAGGAAGCCACUGUGGCUGUUUCACUAAAACCAUUUCUAGAGAAGGGCGCUCUUGUGAGUCCAGAGCCAGGGAGUGCUGAAGGCCCUGGCUUUAACGCCCUGAGGGCAUCACGCGCCAGGCUCGCUCUGCCGGCCACCACCGGCCCCAGUAAAGCUCCGUGUCUCCUCUCUCCACAGACAUGCCACCGCUGCUGCCGAUGGACCUCAAAGGGGAGCCAGGACCGCCAGGAAAGCCCGGCCCACGCGGACCCCCUGGGCCCCCCGGCUACCCAGGGAAGCCAGGCACAGGAAAACCGGGAAUGCACGGCCAGCCUGGGCCUGCCGGGCCCCCCGGCUUCUCGGGCAUCGGGAAACCUGGCAUCCCAGGACUCCCCGGGAAGGCGGGCAUGAAAGGGAUGCCCGGAGCCAAGGGCGAGCCUGGCAUGAGAGGAGAGCAAGGGCCAAGAGGACUGCCCGGCCCCCCGGGACUGCCGGGGCCCGCCGGCAUCUCAGUCAACGGGAAGCCGGGCCCGCAGGGCGGCCCUGGCCUGCCCGGCUUCCGGGGAGAGCCUGGUCCGAAAGGAGAGCCAGGACCCCGCGGAGAGCGCGGGAUGAAGGGUGAAAACGGCGUGGGGAAACCAGGGUUACCGGGACCGCGGGGGAACGGGGGCCCUCCCGGCCCUGCAGGGCCCCCAGGGCCUGUCGGCGUUGGAAAACCCGGCCUUGACGGCCUGCCGGGCGCGCCGGGCGAGAAGGGCGACAUGGGCCCUCCGGGCGGGCCUGGCGUCAACGGGGAGCCCGGGCUCCCGGGGCUGAAAGGGGAGCCUGGGCUCCCUGGGGUUCCCGGUGAGGGGAAGACCGGCGAGCCCGGCCUGGCUGGACCCAUCGGCCCCCCGGGAAUGCCGGGAACGCCGGGGCUGAACGGGCCGCCAGGGCCACCGGGACCGCCCGGGCCACCGGGAGCGCCUGGGGUGUUCGACGAGACGGGCAUCGCGGGGCUGCACCUGCCCGACGGAGGCGUGGAGGGGGCCGUGCUGGGCAACGGCAAGCCGGGGAAGCCGCAGUACGGGCGAGGAGAGCUCUCCGCCCGCAUCGCCCCGGCCUUCACCGCCAUCCUCACCUCGCCCUUCCCGGCGUCCGGCAUGCCGGUCAAGUUUGACCGGACUUUGUAUAACGGGCACAACGGCUACAACCCAGUCACCGGGAUAUUCACCUGCCCCGUAUCCGGCAUCUACUACUUCGCCUACCACGUGCAUGUCAAAGGGACUAACGUUUGGGUGGCGCUUUAUAAGAACAACGUGCCCGCCACCUACACCUACGACGAGUACAAAAAGGGGUACCUGGACCAGGCCUCGGGCAGCGCCGUGCUUGAACUCAAGGAGAACGACCAAGUCUGGGUACAAAUGCCCUCGGACCAGGCCAACGGGUUGUACUCCACGGAAUACAUCCACUCCUCCUUCUCUGGGUUCCUGCUUUGCCCCACAUAACAGCUGUUGGGCAUGUUUCCUUUUCACCCACUUUAGCCAUUUUUUUUUUUUUUUUUUUGAUAAAAAAGGUUUUUUUAAAAUUAAUACAAAAAAGAAAAAUCACUGGGAAGAACGCGCAAGCCGUUGUCGUGGGACCUUGCUUCACGCUGUUUGAUCCAUGAGUCAAGAGGGUAACUAGAAAGGAGACGUCUGUCUGUCUGUCUGUCUUUUUUGAGGGAGGGAGAAAGGAGGGAGGGGAGUGACUUCCUCAGCAAAGCGUAUUUGGAACAAGUUUUACCCUAGUGACUGUACAUCAAACACAGGAACACGCUUGGGACGGCAAGGAUCUGGCUCUGCAGUAAACUGCUCUGUGAUCCAGAGAGGGUCGUCUGGAAGAGCAGACCCUUCUGGUCUGCAAUCAAGUGCCCUUGUUUCCCCUUCGGAGUACUAGUUAAAUAAAUACAGCUGUUGUCAUGGGUGGUGUAUUUGCUAACCAGCACAGGGGCCCUAGGCACCCAACACAAACCUGCACAGCAGCAAAGCUCCAUGAUGGAUUGAGAAAUUCCCUUCCCAAACCAUCAGACGCCCGAGUUUCAGUCUCACUGAUGCCUGUUUUUUUUUCAGACUGGACUUUGAGGCCAUCUCCCGGAUUCACCCCGGAUUCAGUGCGGUUGGAUUUGCAAUCAUAAAAAGUGGAACACUUUGCAUAAGCACCUUCUUAUAAGAAGUAAAUAUUAUUUUUAACCCUCCCCCCGCCCAGCACCUUUAGGAAUAAACACAUCCAGGCACUGGUAUGGGGGAGGACGACAGAUGACCUGUUCCAGAGCCGUUGAGGGAAGCUGGGACCCCUGGGAUGAACAACGAUUUCUCUCUCUCGGGUUAAUUCAUCUACUGGCAAGUCCAAGGGCUAGUUCUGUCCUGCCUGUUUCUCUGCAGCCCAAAGACUUGCUUGGCCUUGGCAGCAUCUUAGUCCUUGGCCACACAAGGAUGGCACUGCAAGCCCGGCUUACGGUGCUUCUAGCCUGGUUUGAUAGAAGGUUUAGUUGUGCUUUCUUGAAAGUGCCACUUACGGACAACUUGCUUUUACUGUCUCACUAUUUCGGGAUGUGUAAACUUUUGCAUUGGUAUCCCCCCUUUCUCUGGGGACCUUUUAAUUAAGAAAAAAAAUAGCGUUAGGUCUAACUUUCCAUUCAGUCAUUUUACAACGGUGCUAUUAUCUACUUAACAACGUUAUUGACAAGUCUAGUGCAAUAUGUACCUGUAAAAGCGCACCAUUUCGGGUGCCAAUCUAAAAAAAAAAAAAAAAAAAAAAAAAUCACAUUUGUCUGUCGUUACCACUUUGUCUCACUAAUGCUUGAAAUGUUACUGACCUGAGUAUGAGCUACAAGGUUCUGGGGAAGGUGCGCACGGAUCCCGACCACUCGGCUGCUCUGUCCUUCGCUAAGGCAGCGCCUGAACCCCGUCGCUUUGCAGAUUUUCUCGCGGUAGAACAGUCACGGCCACUUGCACUUGCAGUAAAGCCAUUCCUCCCAUCCCAGGCGAGCAGCCCGCUGCUGAAGUGAAUCCACACGCGUUACGCCGCAUGUCCCUCCGCAAAGGCACCUCCCUGAGAAAACAGCAACAAUUUGGUCACCAGCUGAGCAACUAUUACCCUUAAAUAUUCCUAAAGCCUGUUCUAUGGCCAAAGAUGAGAAAUGUAGCAAGAACGGGACUUGGGAUUGUUCUCCAGACGGACUGUACAAGAUAUUUAAACAGAUUUUCUUUCUCUGUUUUGUUUGUUUGUUUGUUUUUCUCCUUAAGCCUGUCCUGUGUUUCUGCCUCUUGCCAUCCAGGGCUUCCUCGUAAGAACACACUUAUCCCUGAAAUUAAGAAACACGAAAAGGAGAUUGAGUUGGAAGGCGAGUGCUCGAGCCACCGCCCCGCUGGGACUGGCCUGUCCCCUUCCCGGGGAACCUCACCCCACCCAAAGCUGCAAGUUUCAUGUCAAGAUGAAAGCACCUCAAGCAAGAGGCUGCCCCGGGGCCGAUCCCACUGGACGGUUUUAGCUCCUGAAGGCGGGGGGGUGUCAGGGCUGUGCGGG